UUGAUCAUCUUCGUCCCUUCUUCACAGAGUAGUAAAUUAGAAUCUGAACGAGGAGAAAAUGGUUCGCAGCUUAAACCCUAAGAAGUCAAAGAGGAAGAACAAGAAGAAGGCAGAGGCGUCUUCUUCCGAGAUACCAUCGAUACCAACUAGGGUUUGGCAACCAGGUGUUGAUACGCUCGAAGAUGGAGAGGAACUGCAGUGUGACCCUUCUGCUUAUAAUUCUCUUCAUGGGUUCCAUGUUGGUUGGCCUUGUCUGAGUUUCGACAUUUUGGCUGAUAAGUUGGGUUUGAACCGAACUGAGUUUCCCCACAAACUUUAUAUGGUGGCUGGUACUCAGGCUGAGAAAGCAGCUCAUAACUCCAUAGGAUUAUUUAAAAUCACCAACGUAUCUGGUAAGAGACGUGAUGUUGUUCCCAAGACAGUAGGGAAUGGUGAAGAUGGUAUGGAGGAUGAGGAUGAUGAAGAUGACAGUGACAGCGAUGAGGAAAGCGACGAUGAAGCUUCCAAGACUCCAAAUAUUCAGGUUCGCAGGGUUGCUCACCAUGGAUGUGUUAACCGUAUACGUGCAAUGCCACAAAAUUCUCAUAUCUGUGUCUCUUGGGCAGAUUCUGGUCAUGUGCAGGUGUGGGACAUGAGCUCUCAUCUUAAUGCUUUAGCCGAAUCAGAAACAGAAGGUAAAGAUGGAACUGCACCAGUUCUUAACCAAGCGCCCUUAGUUAACUUUUCCGGCCACAAAGACGAAGGCUAUGCUAUAGAUUGGAGUCCUGCAACCGCUGGAAGACUUCUUUCCGGGGACUGCAAGAGUAUGAUUCACUUGUGGCAGCCAGCUUCUGGUACCUGGACUGUUGAUCCUAUUCCGUUUGCCGGACACACUGCAAGUGUUGAAGAUUUACAAUGGAGUCCAGCCGAAGAAAAUGUGUUUGCUUCAUGUUCUGUGGAUGGGAGUGUUGCAGUCUGGGAUAUCCGACUUGGGAAGUCGCCUGCACUAUCUUUCAAGGCACAUAACGCAGAUGUGAAUGUCAUCUCAUGGAACAGGCUGGCUAGUUGCAUGUUGGCCUCAGGAAGUGAUGACGGGACAUUCUCCAUUCGUGAUCUUAGACUGAUCAAAGGUGGAGAUGCUGUGGUAGCACAUUUUGAGUACCAUAAGCAUCCUAUUACGUCAAUUGAAUGGAGCGCUCAUGAAGCUUCAACACUUGCAGUCACAUCCAGUGAUCACCAGCUCACGAUAUGGGAUCUAUCCUUAGAGAAGGAUGACGAAGAAGAGGCUGAGUUCAAAGCGCAGACCAAGGAGCAAGUGAACACACCUCAAGACUUGCCUCCUCAGCUUCUCUUCGUUCACCAAGGACAAAAGGACUUGAAGGAACUUCACUGGCACAACCAGAUUCCGGGGAUGAUCAUAUCAACUGCUGGUGAUGGUUUCAACAUCUUAAUGCCUUACAACAUUCAGAACACACUUCCGUCUGAGCUACCUGCCUGAAAGACCCCAGUCUCUGUCUGAAAUCUCUUAAAAGCAUUUACGCAUAGUUUUUGUAUUGUACUCUCUCUCAGUUCUUCCAUUAAACUUUUUUGUUUCAAGUAACUAUACUCUCUUUCAAAACUUUCAAUGUUUUAUCAUGGGUUGAUUGAUUCCAGUUGUGACAAAAUGUCAAUUUUGAGUAUAACAUUUCUCUUCU